AUGUGGCUGCAAAAAUUCAAAUUGCUGCUUUGGAAAAAUUGGAUUUUGGUUAAAAGACACCCAAUUGCAGUGACCUUCGAGUUCAUCUUCCCCAUUGCAGUCAUCGUUUUCUUCACAUGGGUGAAAAAUGAAAUUCCAGAACGCACAACCCCAUUAGAUCUUGGGGAGGAAUUCAGCAUGAAUCCAUCAGAAUGCAGGAUAACUUACCAAAAUAUUCAUCAAUUUGGAUAUUCACCGAAUAGCUCAUAUUAUCAAAAAUUAAUGCACGAAGUUUACAUGCAGUUCAAUUCAACAUUAUCAGAUAUUAAGGAUACGGACUACAUGUUUGAUGACAGAGAGAAGUUCAACCAAACAUUAAAGUUCGUCGGACAUGACAACAAGGAAAAUUUGAAAAUUUGGUUACGGAAGCAAAAUUUGCCAGCAAUCGGGGUUGCUUUUGAUGAGUCAUCAACAGUUCCUCCCAAAAACUUCAGCUAUAGAAUUCUGGCUCCACAAUCUGGUAGCUUUUACUACGGAUGGGAUACUGACAUUCUCUACUACAUCAGUGUAACUUACAAUCGCAGAUAUUCUGGCGAAAACCAAGCAAGCUUUCCUCUAUAUUAUCCAAGCUGUUUUCUGAUGCUGCAAAAUGAGAUUGAUCAAGCAUUUAUGAAGUCUCUAAAGCCUGAUAUGGAAAUUGUUAAAUUGGAAACUUUGAGGUACUUCCCGUACCCAAGUAUAGUUGAGGACUUUUUUAUGGAAUUCGCUGCCUAUGGAUUUCCAAUUUUGUUUGUGUUUUGCAUGAUAUUUUCAUCAAAAGUGCUGGUUAAGAACAUAACAAUCGAACGCGAGUCACGUCUAACAGAAUCAAUGAAAAUAAUGGGAUUGUCGAGUGCUUUAUACUGGUCAUCAUGGUUCAUGCGUAGCUUCAUUAUUCUCAUCAUUUCCUUCACAAUCAACCUCAUCUUGACAGUCACAAGCAUCAUUUCGGAUAUUCCAAUUUUUGCCAACAGCAAUCCACUCAUCAUUUGGUUCUUUUUCAUCUCAUACAUCACAUCCAUGAUCACAUUCUGCUUCCUUGUCAGUGUCAUCUUCAAAAAGUCAUCACGUGCUGGAAUUGUUGGCUCAAUUAUCUUCAUUGCUACUGUUCUGCCUUACAUGAUGUAUCAUGAUAGCUUUUAUAGGUUUGGAUAUGGACUGAAAGUGCUGUUCUGCAUGCUGACUAACACAAACAUGGGUCAAGGCAUUAAAAUGAUUCUUAUGGCUGAAGUUAAUGAUGAUGGAGUUGGAUUUUCGAACCUGUUUAAGAGAUCUGUUGACUUGAAGUUCUCGUUUGGUGAAUUGUUGGUCUGGAUGAAUGUUGGCAGUGCCAUUCUGAUGCUGUUGACCAUUUACAUUGAGAAGGUCUUUCCUGGAGAUUUUGGCAUCCCCAAGCCUUGGUACUUUCCACUCAAAUCAAUUUAUAAGGUUCUUAACAAGAACGCUUCAUACAACUUCGAUGAUUCUGAGAUCUCAGAUGCUAGUCAACUCCUAUGCAGACCCGCAGACCAAGAAGAGGAACCUAUAAAUUUAAGAGUCGGAAUUCAAAUUCGAAAUUUAUCAAAAACAUUUGGAACCAAAUUUGCAGUCAAAAACCUAUCAUUAAAUCUAUUUGAGAACCAAAUCACAGUUCUGUUGGGUCACAAUGGAGCUGGCAAGACCACAGCAAUGUCAAUGCUGACUGGACUUUUUGCACCAACAUCAGGAACAGCAAUCAUCAAUGGAUAUGACAUAAGAACUGAAAUUGAAGACGCUAGAAGAUCAUUUGGAUUCUGUCCACAACAUGACAUCUUAUUUGAGGAACUGACAGUUGAGGAACAUUUGCAGUUCUUCUGUAGACUUAAAGGAAUGAUUGAUGUGAUUCAAGUUGAGAGUCAAGUUGAUAAAUAUACAAAUUUAUUAGGAAUUGUUGAUAAAUUGAAGGAACAAAGUAAGAACCUUAGUGGUGGUCAGAAAAGAAGGUUGUCCAUAGCACUGGCACUGUGUGGAAAUCCCAAGUUUGUGAUCAUGGACGAAGCUACUUCGGGGAUGGAUCCUUCAUCACGGAGGGAUUUAUGGAACUUAUUAAUAUCAGAGAAGAAGGAUAAGACUAUUCUGAUCAGCACUCAUUUCAUGGAUGAAGCUGACAUCCUCGGCGAUCGAAUAGCUAUAAUGACUGAAGGACAGCUCAGAACAGUUGGUUCCUCAUUCUUCCUGAAGAAACGAUUCGGAACUGGCUAUCGAUUGACUUUAGUCAAGCAAAGUGGAUUUGAUGCUCAUGCUGUACUCGAUGUCCUUGAAGAACACGCACCAGAAGCAUUCAUUGAAAGUGAAGGAAAGACCGAAGCAGUCAUUGUGAUCUCAAAUGAUAAAUUGCCAUAUUUUGAUGAAAUUUUUAAAAGCCUUGAAGACAAUGCUGAGCAGCUGAAGAUAUCAAGUUUUGGAUGUAGUUUUACGUCACUUGAAGAUGUGUUCCUGAAACUCGGCUAUGGAACAUUUGAUGACAAUCAAAUCAUUAAUGAAUUCCAACCAAUUUUGGUUGAAAGCUCAAAAGUCUUUGAAAAGGACGAGGAAAGUUCGAUGGCUUGUUACCAAAUUUAUGCAAUGAUUCUUAAGAAAAUUUGGGUUUAUCGUGAAAUGUGGAAGACUUUUGUGUAUUUUGGGGUUUUAUCAGCACUUGCUAUAUUCUUGCUGCCUAAAAUGAUGUCGAGUACUACAACUUACAUGCCAGAAUUGAGGAUAUCCUUUGAUACAUAUGAAGGAACUGAAACUUUAAUAGAAAUUGACGAGAAGUCGAACCUGUCUGAUGCUUACAUGAGUCUUUUCACUGGUAAGGACACAAUCAUCGACGUCAGCAAGACAUUCAAUAAAACUUUGGAAGAAACGAUCCUCAAAAAGUCCAAUGAAUCUCUAGGAACAGUCAACCACAAGAACCUCAUAGCUGCAACCAUAAAAUCCGGUGAACUUACAGCUUGGUUCAAUUCCCAGCCAUACCACACGACUCCAUUGACAGUCAAUACAAUCAAUCGAGCUAUAUUGAAGUCUAUAGCUGGUGGUGACUAUGACAUCUCAGUGACUAAUGAGCCAUACAUUAAGAAGGACAGCCACGACAGUUUUGAUAGCAAAGAGAAUGCAGUCUUCGACUUCUUUACUGUCUUCUUCCUAUUCAUGUUAUGGCCUAUGAUUUUUGUUCGAAUUUACAUCAAGGAACGAGAAAUGAAGUUUAAGUUCCUUCAAUUCAUUUGGGGCACAAAUCGACUUGUCUUUUGGUUCACAAACUUCCUACUUGACUACAUUUUGCUGACUUUUAUCUUUUUGGUGCUGUCUGUGACUUUUGUGUAUGGAAUGCACAGUCAUGACUAUCUGUAUGAGGAGUUUAAGGCUUUGAUGACUAUUGCUGUGGUCUAUGGCUUUGCAUGGAUACCUUUUAUUUAUUUGUUCUCUUAUUUAUUUAGUAAGCCAUCGACUGGAGAGGUCAUGAUACAGUUUGUGUCUCUUGUUAUUCCAAUCAUCUAUGGAAUUUACUUCAUAUUCUAUUCAAACAAGAAAACUAGGAGCCAUAGUAGAGUUCUUUAUUGGAUUGGUAUGUGGUUCGGGAUGUUUUCUCUAACAGAAGCUAUAGCUUGGUAUGUUGAGGGACUAAUGCAGCUUGAGAUUCUUGCAUUAAACAUUGAACCUGAAAUCAAGAUUAGUGCGUUUUCUGGUCAAAAAGAAUUCUCGCUUGAUAACUUUAUGGUAAUGAGCCUUGUAUCUGGUUCCUUGUACUUCAUAGUAGUUCUACUCAUUGACUAUAACAUCUUUGCAUAUAUUUACUAUAAAAUGCACAAAACUCAACCAAUUGAUUCAAAUUUAUCAUCCUUAAUUGUUGAUGAUGAUGUCUUGAUGGAAUCACAAGGAGUCAAUUCAAUGUCUGAAAAGGAUGUGCUUGGUUCCAACCUUGUUCUCAGGAACUUAACUAAAACUUUCAAAAGUUUCUCUGCUGUACGUCAAUUAUCAUUGAAUGUUAAUAAGCAUGAAUGUUUUGGUCUACUUGGUGUCAAUGGAGCUGGAAAGACAACAACAUUCAAAAUGAUGACUGGAGAUGAGCUAAUUACUUCUGGUGACAUUUGGAUUAAAGGGAAGUGCCUGAAGACUCAACUACUUGAAGCUCAUCAAUUCAUCGGUUACUGUCCACAAUUUGACAACUGCAUUCCUGAACUGACUGGACGUGAAACUUUGAAGAUCUUUGCAUUGAUCCGUGGCAUCAAAAUGGAUGAAAUUACAGAAAUGAUCAACCAAAUAGCAAGUGAACUUGACUUUAAACAGCAUUUGGACAAGCAAGUUAAAGCUUACAGCGGUGGAAAUAAAAGAAAACUGUCGACUGCCUUAGCAUUGCUCGGAAAUCCAGAAUUGAUCUUCUUGGAUGAAUGCACAACAGGAGUCGAUCCACAAGCUCGUCGUCAAAUUUGGAAUGCAAUCAAGCGAAUCCGUGACAAUCAUCGACUUUCAUCCUCAAUCGUCAUCACAUCGCAUUCCAUGGAUGAAUGUGAAGCUUUGUGUACAAGAAUUGGAAUCAUGGUUGCUGGUCAGUUCCAAUGUCUUGGUCCAGUUCAACAUUUAAAGAAUAAAUUCUCAAAAGGCUUUGUCUUGACCAUCAAAACUGGAUUUACUGAUGAAAAUUUGACUGAAAAAGUCAAGCAACGAAUUGUUGAGAAAUUCAGAAGUGCGGAACUGAAAGAAAAUUAUUUGGACAUUCUGACUUAUCAUUUGAAGAACAUUGAUUUGAAAUAUUCAGAAGUAUUCAGGAAGUUGGCACAGAUUAAGAAUGAUAUGGGAAUCAAAGAUUAUGCAUUGACACAAAUGUCACUUGAGCAAGUUUUCUUGAACAUUAGUCAUCGGGAGGGUUAAAAUGAGACUAAGGCAGAGUUAUGUGUUGACUAGCUAUAGGCUAGGUAUGAAAGUAAUAGAAGGAUUGUGAUAGAAUGUGGACCAAAGAUUGAGCAAUUAAUGAAAAAUGGAAUUAAAAUAUAUUGUAUUCUACCUUAGCUUGCUAAAUCUCAAUAUAACUGUACCAAAUCUCAAAUGUGCCCAAACUUGAUGUAUUCUUAUGAAAUAAUUUUCCAGUGUUGUUGUAUGCAUCUCAUCCUUACCAAAAUUGAAUAUUACAGCUGUAAACAGUUCAAAUU